GUGCGUGUGUGCGGAUGUGUGUGUGUGCGCGUGUGUGCGGAUGUGUGUGCCUAUGCAUGCGUGUGUGUGUGUGUACGGUCGAGUGUGCCUGUGUGUGGUUGUUUCCAUUUUUUUGUUAAUCCACAUUGGACCGUUACAUUUAAUUAUAAUCCGGCUUCAGAGAGAACUUCGAGAAGUAAAGGGCGAAAAUUCGUUAUGACAUCUGUCGCCAGGAAAGGGGCAAACCCAUUGCCGCAUUCAAACGGUUGCCGGAAAGAAAGCAGGCUAAUGGCCCCAAUAAUGCCGUGAAACGGAAGGUGGCAAAUACUAUUAAUAAUAGCCGGAGAGAGAGAAAAAGAGCGAGAGCGAGAGCGCGCAAUGGGAAUCCGGGGGCCAGCAAACGAUCGACUCCUACUCAGAUACGUCAUGAUGGAUCAAACAGCUACCGUUUGAUGCAGCUGGGAUGCCUGGAGUCUGUGGCCAACUCCACCGUCGCCUACUCCUCCACGUCGCCCCUCACUUACUCCACCACCGGCACUGAGUUCGCCUCCCCCUACUUCUCCACCAACCACCAGUACACCCCCCUGCACCACCAGUCCUUCCACUACGAGUUCCAACACAGCCACCCGGCCGUCAACCCCGACGCCUACUCCUUGAACUCGCUCCACCACUCGCAGCAGUACUACCAGCAGAUCCACCAUGGAGAACCCACCGACUUUAUCAACCUGCACAACGCCCGGGCGCUCAAGUCCUCCUGCUUGGACGAGCAGAGGAGGGAGCUGGGCUGCCUAGACGCUUACCGUCGCCACGACCUGUCUCUUAUGAGCCAUGGCUCCCAGUAUGGGAUGCACCCCGAUCAAAGACUCCUGCCAGGACCAAGCCUUGGGCUGGCCGCCUCGGGAGCAGACGACCUGCAGGGCUCAGUGGAGACCCAGUGUGGGCUAGUGUUGAACGGCCAAGGUGGGGUGAUAAGGAGAGGUGGCACGUGUGUAGUCAAUCCCACAGACCUCUUUUGCUCGGUUCCUGGCCGUUUAUCUUUACUCAGCUCCACUUCCAAAUACAAAGUGACCAUCGCAGAAGUGAAGAGACGCUUGUCCCCACCAGAAUGCCUCAAUGCCUCUCUGUUAGGAGGGAUUUUGAGAAGAGCAAAAUCCAAGAAUGGAGGACGCUGCUUAAGAGAAAAAUUGGACAGGCUGGGGCUCAAUCUGCCUGCAGGGAGGAGGAAAGCAGCAAAUGUCACCCUCCUAACAUCCUUAGUGGAAGGAGAAGCUUUACAUUUGGCCAGGGAUUUUGGCUACACUUGUGAAACUGAAUUCCCAGCUAAGGCGGUUGGGGAGCAUCUUGCCAGACAGCACAUGGAACAGAAGGAACAGACAGCAAGGAAAAAGAUGAUCCUAGCAACAAAGCAAAUAUGUAAAGAAUUUCAGGACCUGCUAAGUCAAGAUAGAUCACCCUUGGGAUCCUCAAGACCCACUCCAAUAUUGGACCUUGACAUCCAGAGACAUUUAACACAUUUCAGCUUGAUCACUCAUGGCUUUGGGACGCCUGCGAUAUGUGCUGCCCUCAGCACUUUCCAAACUGUUCUCAGUGAAAUGCUGAACUACUUGGAAAAACACACGGCACACAAAAAUGGCGGAGCAGCAGAAUCCGGCCAAGGACACGCCAACUCGGAGAAAACCCCCCUGCGGAAAACUUCAGAGGCUGCUGUGAAAGAGGGCAAAACAGAAAAGACAGACUAGCUACAUCAAACAGAAUCUAUUUCCAGAGAACCUUGCUGCUGAUAUUUUUUUUAAAACAUAUAUCUAUCUCUAUAUAUAUAGAUCUACAUAUAUAUCUAUAUCUAUAUAUCUCAUCAAAAGUGAUUUGGCUCCAGUGGACCAAACUGAAUUUGGGGAGGGGGAGGUUUUUUAAAACCCACCACCCCUGCUCUCCCCAAGGACAGCUAUGUACAGUAACUGUGGGAUGAAACCGUCACUUUUUUAAAAGCCUCUCUCUCUCUCUCUCUCUCUCUCUCUCUCUCUCUCUCUCUCUCAAUGAUGUUUUGUGUGUGCACGCACGCACACACGUACAUUUGAUCAUUCCAAAUGAUACACUGACACUUCCCCCCCCUCUUAGCACUUCCAGACUUCCAGGAAGAAGCAGCACAAUUCUAACCUAUCACAGGCUAACACUGAAACACUUUUCUGAUUGGACAGCCUAGUCGGAGACUAAAAGAAUAUGGCAUCCUGGUGAACUUGUGUCACAUCAUCACCCAUUCAAUGGAUGAAACAGAGAAGAGUGCCUCUUUUCACUUGCCCCCACGAGAGACAAUAUGGAAGCAUGUCUUGCAUAGGAGGUGGAAGAACUUGAAGAUAUUUCAAAUAACAAGCACUGCGUUGUUUGGACUGAAUACUGAGGCCUGGGAGCUUCUGAUAGAUCCACACCAGUAUGAUGUCAAAGCCCAUCAACGAUUUGUCAUUCCAGCCUGGGUGCCUUCUCUUGGGAGGGUGUGGCCACUGAGUCCAUACCCUUCUUACCGCUAGCUAGGAGAAGUUCAACAAAUAAGAGCUGGAGCUUCUGACCAUCUUUCCCACCUGCCCUUAAACUUAGCAGCUGACUUCUGUACCUGCAGAAAACCAUAAACAGCUGUAUGCUCUGCUGGAUCAGAAUAUGGGACUGGAGAGAUCUAGUGUGUUGCUGUGAUGUCACAAUGUUUCUCUUUCCCCCCUUCAACGGCUUGUACGAUCAUGCUUCAGCCACACUGUUCAGCUCUUCUUGCGGGGGGCGGGUACGAUUGCUCCUGCCAGCUCUUCCCCAAUGUGCUUCUGAUGCAAUGUCUGAAAGAUCCUGUGUGUAAGCUCUGACUACACAAUCAGGAAAGGUCCCUGAUCACACAGACAGAGCCAACACUUUGCACAUGUGUAGGGCAUCAUUUGUACAGACACCAUGCUGAAUGUGCAUAAGGAGUGAGGGCCAGAAGGCAUGAGCAUGGAAGAUGCUGUUCCCCCUUUCCCUGCUUCUUCAGAAAAUGUCAUAAUAGUGCCAAAUGUCCCCCCCCCCCAGAACACACAUUCCUAAACUCAAGAUUUGUUAUAGACCAGCACAUUAUCCAAUUCAAUAAUCUGAUUCAGAAGUAGCCGUUUGUAGCAGCCAUGCCCAAGACAGCCAGAGAGUUAUAAUUUUCUAGCUGUUUCAUGAUUCUGACACUUAAUGCCUCAGCUUUUGCCAGGCUCAUUCUGUUUCUGUUAGGUUCAUUAAAGGAGUGAGAAAAGCCUUCUAGCUGUGGCUUAUAAUAAAGUUGGACUUAAAAUUUUCUUUCCCAGACAUCUGCCCAAAGUCUGGUUUGCUAUUCUGGGCUCAGGUUCAUUCAGCUAGACCCUGCACAUAACAUAUGCGCAUGUUGGGCCUGGAACACCAAAUCUGCCACACAGAGAGACACACACACACUUUGCUCACUGCAGAGACUAGAGCACAACCUUAUUGUUCUCAAUUGUCUUUCUUCCUCUUCUUAAAAUAGUAUGAUGUUCUGACAUUCCAAAUACUCACAAAACUUACCCAAAUCUACAGUAAAAUAAACUUUUCACUAAAGCAUCAUGAAAUAUGCCCAGGAUCAAAAUGUAAUAGGAUUGCUAACUUUGCAACUAGCCCUUCCAACUAUGCCUUACACAGUGGUUAGAUAUGCAGGAAUUAGCAGGUCACACUUUAGCUAACUGCUGCAGAUCUGCCCUAAUCUCAGUUGCCCAACCCAGCUGAAAUGUUGACAACUUUAGACUUAUAAAAUAAAUCCCUGACAUGUUGUGCAUCACACACUUAAUUCCGGCCAAUAUAGAGGAAUCCCACAGAGCUGGUUCUGAUUAUACUUCCACACAUGGGUGUAGCCAAGAGGGGGCGGGGGAUAGCUGCCCCCCCAUCAAGUAAAACAAUAGAAAUACAUAACUAACUGACUAAUCAUGUCGGUUCUGCCUCACUAACAAAAAUCUUGGCUAUGCCCCUGCUUCCACACACCCAAUUUGCAUACACACAUUCAUGUGAGUGGCCUGCUUGUUUGAACAGUAUAACACUAGAGCAUUGGAUUCACAUGAGAACAUGGCUCCUCUUCUGUGCAUUGGAAAAUGCAAGCCAUUUUUCAAUGCAUCGAGAAGGGUUGAUCUCAUAUGAGUCCAUGGCUCUGAUAUAAUACUGCUUACCAAAGUAGACUGCAUGGUGGGGUUUUGUGAGGUGUCAAAAUCAGCUGCGCUCUCGCUCUCCCUUACUCUCUCUCUCACACACAUACAGAGAAUUGACAAACCUCUUGGUAUCAAGAAGUUUUACCUGAGGUCUCCUAUUGUGUAACUUCAUCACAUUUUACCCUCCCUUCUAAGGAUUCACCAUUUUUGUUAAAUAUGGUGGUGAUUAUUGUUUUUGUGCAGCAGGUAUCGGGUCCCCUGCAGCCAUCAUUUGUAACACCCUGGCUGU